GAAGAAGAGAUCAAACCUGAGGUUUAAGUUCCCAUCCUGUCGCGCCAGCCUCCAUGCUAAGCUAACUUCUGUAGCUUUGAAAGUGAAGAUGGAACUUCCGGUGCAGCAGUACUCAUUCCCAAAAGAGCACAAUUACUGAAGUGUACGAAGAUUACGAGCCAGCUCUUCUUCUUCUAAUGCAUUUCCGACAGAGGAAACAAUCACUUCCGUCUCAGGAACGGAAGUGAUUCUUAUACCCUGUUGCUGGCAUGUUGAUCGCAGAGGAGUAAAGUCGUUUGUAGAGAAGGUGUCGGUGUUUUGUUCCGGAGAACAUGUUAGCUGCUGUGCUGUACAGGCAGCCCGCGCUCAGAUAACAACAGCUAAAGCGUCCUGUGCAGCCUGUUAGCCGCAGGGAGCUCAUGAAGCUCAUGUAGAAGCUGGUCCCCUCAUACGGGCCAAGGAAUAAGCAACAUGGCACCCAGACGUAAAUUUGAUUUCAAAUUCAAAGAGAAAGUUCUGCGGUAUGCAGAGGAACAUUCAGGAGAGGAGGCUGCACGGCACUUUAACAUCGACUCGAAAAGAAUCAGGUACUGGAGGAAGCAGAGGAGCGAGCUGCUGCUAGCUGACAAGAGGAGAGCGCGACUAGCUGGGGGUGGAAGGAAGAAGGUCAACGUGGAGCUCGAGAAGAAGCUAUCAGAAUGGAUUUACUCAGUGUGGGACCAACGUAACCCGGUAUCAGGGAAAAUGAUACAAAAUAAGGCGCUGGAGAUCUGCACUUCACUGAAUGAUGGAGGCAAGAUGUUUGAGGCUAGCAGGGGUUGGCUACAAAGAUUUCUACAUCGCAGCGGCCUCUCAUUUCGAUGUUGCACCACCACGACCAAGAAGGACCAAGGUCCCCUCACUGAGAAGCUCGUGUCCUUUGUUGACUACAUUGGCAAGGUCGUCAGUUCCAAAAGGAUUUUAGAGAAAGACAUCAUUGCAAUGGACGAGAUUGUAGUUUGGUUUGACCGCCACCUCACUGUUGUCCUUGCUGCUAAGGCUGACGGCACCAAACUGAAGCCCUUUGUUGUCUUCAGAGGGGCUGCAGAUGAGGUAAAGGUGAUGCAGCAGGAGAUCUCCAGCGCAGUGGUCACCUCGUCAGUGAACGGUUGGAUGAACGACGCUCUCACUGCUGACUGGCUGCAGUCCGUGGUAGGAAAACUUAACUUGACCCCGCGGCUCCUGGUCUGGGACUCGUACCGCUGCCACAUCAGUGCGGCGACCAAAGCUGAACUGAAAUGUGGCUACAAUAUCACAACUGCGCUGAUCCCAGGAGGCUGCACUAAAUUUAUCCAUGCACCUGCUGUGAUGUGGAGCCAGACCUUCAGGCAGAUUCUACGGGAAGCCUACAAUCAGUGGAUGACUGGGGACACAGAUAAGGAAUACACAGCUGCAGGUUUUUUAAAGGCCCCUGUUCCACAUCUGCUUUUGGACUGGGUGGUUGCUGCCUGGAACAGGCUGGACAAGAAUUUGAUCAGGAGGUCUUUCCAAGUUUGUGGACUGUCUGUGAGAACCGAUGGGAGCGAAGACGACCUUAUCUUCUGCUUCAGGGAAGGAGAACCCUGCGCCUCCGGUCGGGAGGCUCUCGCCCAGCUUCGACAGAGGAGACGGGAGAACAGGAGCCACGCGGACCAGGACGAUGAGGACGAAGAGGAGCUUUUCAACAAUGAACUUGUUGUUCUCGAUGACGAGGAGGCAGACAAUAGCAACGGGGAGGAUGAUGGCUUUGGGCAGGAGGAUAGUGACCACAUGUCAUGGCACUGUUUCAUUCAUCAGGCUUUACCGUCAAACAACAAAAAAUGGAUUAUUAUGAAAGAAGAGCAGCACUGGAGCUCCAGUCUAGACCAGGAGGAGCCACCAGAGCCCCCACACAUUAAAGAGGAACAGGAGGAACUCUGGACCAGUCAGCAGGAAGAGCAGCUUCAGGGACUGGAGGAGGCCGAUAUCACCAAGUUCACAUUCACUCCAGUGAAGAGUGAAGAAGAUGAAGGUUCAGACGUCCAGCAGCUGAGUAAAGAAGAGGAGGAUCCCCUUGAUCUGCGGGGCUGGAGCUCCAGUCUGGACCACAUUAAAGAGGAACAGGAGGAAGUCUGGACCAGUCAGUCACAAUCAGUGCGGAACUCAAGUUCAGAUAGACAUUUUCAACCUAACAUCAACACUUCAGAUUCUUCAGAACUUAAGAAUGAAGUCAGUGGUGAUGUUUGGUCGGAGCCCAGAGAACCUCAGUCAGUUUUUAAUUCACUGAAAAUUAUUCAAGUCCCAGUCAAUAAUAUAAGAUGUAAAACUGGGAAGAAGACUUACAGCUGCUCCGAGUGUGGGAAAAUAUUUGGCCGCAGUCCACAUCUGAAGAUUCACAUGAGAACUCAUACAGGAGAGAAACCCUUCAGCUGCCCUUUCUGUGCUAAGAGUUUUACACAGAAGGUAAAUCUGACGUACCACAUGUCCGUCCACACCGGGGAGAAACCAUUCACUUGCCGUUUUUGUGAUGAAAAAUUCACCUGGUAUACUCAACUCAAAAGUCAUCAGUGUGUCUGUGAGCCUUCCCAGCUUCUUCAAACUGAGGAGACCAGAGAGGCAGAGGCCGGCGAGAAAUCAUUCAGCUGCUCCGAGUGCGGAAAAAUAUUCAGCCGCAAGGACAAUCUGAACAUACACGUGAGAAUUCAUACAGGAGAGAGGCCGUUCAGCUGCUCGGUCUGUGGGAAAGGCUUUAAACACGGAGGACACCUGACACAACACAUGUCUGUCCACACAAAGGAGAACCGGUUCAGCUGCAGCAUCUGCGACAAAAGGUUCACCUGGCUCUAUCAGCUCAAAAGACACGAGUGUGGACGUGAGUCCUCCCGGCUUCAUGAACUCUGGACCGGUCAGCAGGAAGAGCAGCUUCAGGGACUGGAGGAGGCCGAUAUCACCAAGUUCACGUUCACUCCGGUGAAGAGUGAAGAAGAUGAUGAAGAGGACCCUCAGUCCUCACUGCUUCAUCAGAGACAAACUGAACACGUGAAAACAGAAGCUGAUGGAGAGGACUGUGGAGGACCAGAACCAGCCAGGAGUACAGAUCAAGAUAGACACCUACAACCUGGUGCUGAAGACUCUUCUGACUUUAAGGUUGAAAUCAGUGAUGAAGAUUGGUUGGAGUUGACUGAGCCUCGGUCUGAUGUUGUAACAGGAUGCAAUACUAGCAAGAAGCCAUUCAGCUGCUCUGAAUGUGGGAAACUAUUCAGCCGCAAGGAACAUCUGCAGACACAUGUGAGGAUUCACACAGGAGAGAGGCCAUUCAGCUGCUCAGACUGUGGGAAAACAUUUGGCUGUAAGAGGUCGCUGCUGGGCCACAUGAUGAGCCACUCGGGAGAGAAACCGUUCAGCUGCUCUCAGUGUGGGAAAAGAUUUGGACGAAUGGUGAAUCUGAAGACUCAUCAGAGACUUCACACAGGCGAGCGACCGUUUAGUUGUCCAUUUUGUGGAAAGGGUUUCACGCAAAAGGUGCACAUGACUCAACACAUGGCCGUCCACACAGGAGAGAAACAGUUCAGCUGCAGCAUUUGUGAUAAGAAAUUCACGUGGCUCUCAGGAUUUAGGCGACACAAGUGUAGCAGCGAGCAGCCAGAGCUCGAUGAACGCCAAACUGAGGAGGACUUGGAGGCGCAACCAGGCGAGAAACCAUUUCGCUGCCGUCAGUGUGGAAACAGAUUUAAUCACAAGCACAAUCUGAAGGCUCACAUGAGAAUCCACACAGGGGAGAAACCAUUCGGCUGCCCUGUCUGUGGUAAAGGUUUCACUGCGAGUGGAGCGCUGAAGAAACACCUGCGAACUCAUUCAGGUGAGAAACCGUUCAGCUGUCCUGUUUGUGGCUUGAGAUUUACUCAAGGAGGGAAUCUGAAACGACACAUGGCUCAGCACACAGGAGAAACACGGGAGAAACCGUUCAGCUGCUCAGUUUGUGGUAAAAGUUUCACACAGGUUUCAAACAUGAAGCGUCACAUGACCCAGCACUCCGCGACAGAAGCAGCUCAGUCACAGGAAGCAGGAAGUGAGGCUGUGAUCGGUUCAGACCUGACAGGUGAUCGGCAAGAAGAAACCGAGAGUCUCAAACCUCAAACGGUCACUGACCGCAAACCAGCUGACGGCUGAUACAACAUAAAUAUUUGAUGAAUUUUAUUGUAUCAAGGCUUUAAAUUUAUUUUAAAGUCAUAUUCAUUCACAAGUGCAAUUUGUAAGAAUGUGAAGAAACGUACGCACGUUGAUCGCACGUUGAUCGCACGUUGAUCAGUUAUCAGUUGGAUUGUAAGUUCAAAAAUAAGACCAACAGCAGCCUGAGGACUUUCUGUGUGACUCACAAAUUCAUCUUUAAAUUUAAGUUUAUUGUGUUUUUUGUCUAAACUGAAGGCGGACGGAGAGUUUUUAACCGUAACUGUACAAACAGAACAAGUACUCGUCACCAACAAUGAAAAGACGACCCGAUGAGCUGAAGGUCACCUGGGCUCCACACCUGUGGGAUUAUGUACACCUUCUCAUCAGUAUAUCACCACACCACCAGUCCAAAUAAAAUAAAGGAACAUUACGGGUAGUUAAUGUUAUCCUGCACGUAUUUGUAACUCGGCGUGUCACCGUGCUACUUGCUCACUUGUGGAGUCCGAGCACAAGCUGCUAGCUUAUUGGCCGCUGGUGUCACUGGUUCUCUGACAGCCACGCAGAGAAGCUUAAAGUCAGAUGAACUUUGUGAUGCGCACCUGCACUGCCAGCAUCAACACCUGUGUAACGGUACCUUUCACACCUCCACACAGCUGGCCAAUCACUGCAGAGAGUCGGACUGAUGUCAGGGAGCUGCUUGAGUCCCACAUGAUCUCAUGAAUGUACAGGAGGCGGGGUGAGCUGCUGCUGCAUGUAGACCAUGCAUUGGAUUUCAGAAUAAAGAUCAGUUCUGUGUUGCUUGGUCAGAGUGUGCAGCUGAAACAGAAGAGUCACCAGGCAGCAUCUCACCGUUACUUUACCUGUUCAUCAUCUACUCACUAGCUUCUUCAUGACUGGCUUGGUCUGUAAAAUGUCAGGAAGUGUGGAGAGACACCAGAGUCCAAGGUGACAUCUCCACAUGCUUUGUUUGAUGAACAGAGAAGUUCAGCUUCAACUCAGAGAAGACAAAGAAAGCAGAAAAAGUUUCAGCUUGUGGAGCUUGAAUCAUUUUGGAACAACAAAGUGAUUCGGCUAAUUGUAGCAGCUCUCAUCAGCGUGAAGGACUGAAUGCAGUCCGGCUCCAAGAACCAGCUGAGUCCUCCAGGACCGGUCAGCUGUCCCGGUCUCUCUCUCCUCCAUGAAAACAUCCUGCUGAUUCCCCUUCCUCCUGCAAACGCAGACGAGGGGGACGGAGAGGGACUUCUGUUAAAAAUAAAGGUGCUUAACUAAAGCACCACAUGAUUCACAAAUACCAGUGACAAGGUACACGUUACUGCAAACAGUCUGUAGUUCACACAAAAAUAAACAAGGUGGUUUAAGUGGACGUCUGUCCACUGAGAGGUCCCUGAACAGCAGGGAGACGGGUUUUCUCUCAAUUACUGCGUCACAGCUGGUAGACAGGUGAGGACAGACAGACAGGUGAGGACAGCCGACUGAGAGUGUGUGAAUUAAUAAUCCUGUAACUUCACUAUUCCGUCCUCAGGACGGCAGAUCUGAUAUUAGAAAUAUGUAAUAUAGUAGAUAAUACACAGAUAUAGACAUAAUAGAUCCUCUAUGAAUGACGAUGCUGUUAACGUUAGGUAUGUGUGUAUGGAGAUAACUAAAUUAAAGAGUUUGGUGUAGAGCCGCUCUAAUGGGAA